CUGGUUCACAUCACAUCUGAGAAUGGCUUUGCUCCGCGUGAUUGUUUGUCUUCUGGGACUGGUUGUCCUGUGCCACUCUGACUGCACCUUCGUAGAAUUAGUCAUCACAGAUGUGAACAACCCCCCAAAUGGGUGCGUGGAUCAGGACGGAACGCACAAGGACUUUGACACUGAGUGGGUCACAGACUGCGUGGCAUACUCCUGCACAAGUGAAGGAUUGAGCUCCUGUAACCUGCUCCCUUCUCCAGCCGAGGUGGAAGUCAGUGACGAGUGUGAGCUGAUUGUGAAUGAGCAAGAAUGUUCUUCCAAGGUGGUGCUGAAGUCAGACAAUACAAAGGAGUGUUCGCCCAACUAA